AUGGAAGAUCAAAACAUCACACCAGGCCAAAAAAGAAUAAAGAGUGGAGAAUAUAUUUUCUACAUUUUAGAAUAGUCAAAUAAUACUAUCAAAAUGGAAUGCGAAAACAGAAGAACUCAUCAAAAAUAUAGCAGUGAAAAUAUAGUAUUGAAAAAGUUAAAACCUGAAACUUUUUCAGUUGCUUUAGAAGGCACUUAAUCUAACAUUAAAGCUGAAAUAAUCAAUGCUGAUGCUUAAAUGAUUAUAAAAGUUAAUGUUAAUCAUGAAUUUUUACCUCUAAUUUCUGAAGAAGUUCAUCUAGUUUUGAUAUGUGAUUCAGAGAAUGACCCAACUUUACAAGUUCUUAAAAACAUGAAUAUUGAAGUUGAAGAAAUCAGAGAAGAAAUGAAGGAUAUUUGCAUUUCUCUAACUGAUAAUUUGGUUUAAGAUUUUAGCAGUAGCUCCUUGUCUACCUCUGCUCUUAAAGUUGCUGACUUCAAAAUGCUUAACAACGGAAAUUAUAUAGUAAGUUUGAACUACCAUAUCAAAUCAAGCUCAAACGAGCCUUAAAUUACAGUAAAUGCUACUUUUAAUGAUGGCAAUAAAAAUGAAGAAAAAGUUUAUAAUGAAACAGUCAACAGUACAUUUUCUUAUACAGGCUAUACAACUUUCUAGAAUAUCAAAUUCAUUAUUAACAGAAAUAAGGCCUCAUAGAAAAAUUUGGAAAUUAGCUUGUAAUCAUCUGCUUAAACAGCCAUUAACAAUGUUAACAUUAGUUUAUGUAAAGCAUAUUGA